AACCCCACUUCAUAACUUAGGGUUUGCAUCUUCUCUCUUGUGCUGUGUGGCGAGUGCGAACUGUCAGCCUUCGAAUCACUCUCCGUCGCCGGUGCUCUCACUCUCUCGAUAAACCUCUGGCUAAUACGACCUUCAGUGCAGGUUUUCGUCGGCGUGAUUUUGCGUGCUUUUUCUGUUUGAUCGACAAUCAUGGCGACUUUUGCGAAACCGGAGAAUGCUUUGAAGCGUGCCGAAGAGUUGAUUAAUGUUGGGCAAAAGCAAGAUGCCCUGCAGGCGCUUCACGAUCUUAUUACCUCAAAGAGGCAUAGAGCGUGGCAGAAGACACUUGAAAGAAUCAUGUUCAAGUAUAUUGAGCUCUGUGUUGACAUGAGACGUGGUAGGUACGCUAAGGAUGGUCUGAUUCAGUAUCGAAUUGUGUGUCAGCAAGUGAAUGUAACUUCAUUGGAGGAGGUAAUCAAGCAUUUCAUGCACCUAUCGACUGAGAGAGCUGAGAUGGCCCGUAGUCAGGCUCAGGCUUUAGAGGAAGCUCUUGAUGUUGAUGACCUUGAAGCCGAUAAAAGGCCAGAGGAUCUCAUGCUUAGUUAUGUCAGUGGUGAGAAGGGGAAGGACAGAUCUGAUCGUGAACUUGUGACCCCGUGGUUUAAGUUCUUGUGGGAGACCUAUAGAACUGUUCUUGAAAUUUUAAGGAACAACUCAAAGUUGGAGGCACUUUAUGCGAUGACAGCACAUCGCGCCUUCCAAUUCUGCAAGCAAUACAAACGGACGACAGAGUUUCGCAGGCUAUGUGAAAUAAUCAGAAAUCAUUUGGCUAACCUUAACAAAUACAGAGAUCAGAGGGAUCGACCUGAUCUAUCAGCUCCAGAGAGCUUGCAAUUAUAUCUUGAUACAAGAUUUGAGCAGUUAAAGAUUGCAACUGAACUUGAACUCUGGCAGGAAGCUUUUCGUUCUGUUGAGGAUAUACAUGGGUUGAUGUGCAUGGUUAAGAAAACCCCGAAGCCCUCCUUGAUGGUUGUUUAUUACGCGAAGUUAACAGAGAUUUUCUGGGUUUCAGGCAGCCAUCUUUAUCAUGCCUAUGCCUGGUUUAAGCUUUUCUCACUUCAGAAAAGCUUCAACAAGAACUUGAAUCAGAAGGAUUUGCAGUUAAUUGCGUCAUCUGUUGUCUUGGCUGCGCUUUCUGUUUCCCCCUAUGACAGCACACGCGGGGCAUCUCAUUUGGAGCUUGAACACGAGAAAGAGCGGAACUUGAGGAUGGCUAAUCUUAUAGGGUUCAUUAUCGACCCUAAACUUGAGAGUAGAGAAGUGCUUUCGCGGUCAUCACUUCUUGCUGAAUUGGCCACUAAAGGUGUAAUGUCUUGUGUAAAUCAAGAAGUGAAAGACCUUUACAAUCUGUUGGAGCACGAGUUUCUCCCUCUAGAUCUUGCGUCAAAAGUACAACCGUUGUUGACCAAAACCUCAAAACUUGGGGGUAAGCUUUCUUCAGCAUCUUCUGUACCAGAAGUGCAUCUAUCUCAAUAUAUCCCGGCGCUGGAAAAACUUGCAACCCUGAGAUUGCUUCAGCAGGUGUCUCAUGUGUAUCAGACAAUGAAAAUAGAGAGUUUAUCCAAUAUGAUCCCCUUUUUCGAUUUUUCAACUGUGGAGAAAAUAUCUGUGAAUGCUGUCAAAAAUGGUUUCAUUGCAAUGAAAGUUGACCAUAUGAAAGGUGUUGUGUUAUUUGGUAACUCGGGCCUUGAGUCUGAUGGGAUGCGCGAUCACCUGAUGAUAUUUGCUGAAUCUUUAAAUAAAGCAAGGGGAAUGAUAUUUCCGCCUUCAAAGAAAGAGUCAAAACUAGGUGAAUUGCUGCCUGGUUUAGCAGAGGUUGUCGAAAAGGAACACAAGAGACUUCUUGCUCGGAAGUCAAUAAUUGAGAAACGCAAGGAGGAGCAAGAACGCCAGCUAUUGGAGAUGGAACGGGAGGAGGAAGCAAAAAGGCUAAAACUGCAGAAAAUAACUGAAGAGGCAGAACAGAGACGGCUAGCAUCUGAGUUUGAGCAAAGAAAGAACCAAAGGAUCCUUCGGGAAAUAGAGGAGCGAGAACUUGAAGAAGCACAGGCUCUACUUCAAGAGGCUGAUAAGCGUGGUAAAAAGAAGGGAAAGAAGCCUCUCAUUGAGGGAGAAAAAGUGACAAAGCAAAGUUUGAUGGAGUUAGCACUGAGUGAGCAACUUCGUGAGAGGCAGGAAAUGGAAAAGAAAUUGCAAAAGCUAGCUAAGACUAUGGAUUACUUGGAAAGGGCGAAAAGAGAAGAAGCGUCACCUUUGAUUGAAGCUGCAUUUCAGCAUCGUCUAGUGGAAGAAAGGAUGCUUCAUGAACAUGAACAACAGCAAGAGAUCGAGCUGAGCAGACAAGGCCAUGAUGGCGAUCUGCAAGAGAAAAACAGACUCUCAAGAAUGUUGAAUCAUAAGAUACAAUUCCAGGAAAUGGUCAUGAACCGCCGGCGAGCAGAAUACGAUAGAUUGAGAGCUGAUAGAGAGGAGAGGUUGAACCAAAUCCUUCAUCAGCGGAGGCAGGAAAGGGAAUACCAGAGGAAGAUUAUAUUCUAUGUGAGGAUGGAGGAGGAAAGGCUGAGAACAUUGCAUGAAGAGGAGGAAGCUCGUAAGCGUGAAGAGGCUGAAAGGCGAAGGAAAGAAGAAGCUGAACGUAAGGUGAAGCUGGAUGAGAUUGCUGAGAAGCAGAGGCAGAGAGAGAGGGAGCUGGAAGAGAAAGAGAGGAUAAGGCGAGAAUCUCUACUUGGAAGGUCAACUGACGGGCUCUCAAGGUCUUCUGACCUCCCUGGUGGAUCUCGCCCAAGUGAGCCUGCUGCAGUUGCUCCUGCUGCCGCUGCCGCUGCAGCCGCACCGGCCCCAACUCCUGGGAAAUAUGUGCCUAGGUUCCGGCGGGGGGCUGAGACUGCAGUACAGGCUCCACCACCGGUACAGGCUCCACCACCACAUGACAGUUGGCGCAGUGGAGGCAGUGGGAGCAGCAGUGGUGCCAGGCCUACAUGGUCUUCAACUAGGGGGCUGCGCACAAGUGAACGUUGACUACAGAGGUGUGGAAGAAUUGCAUCAGUUCUUAACAUUCAGAUUUCAAUCGUUUUCAAAUUUUGAGCCUAGCGUGGGAUCCCAACAAACCUCCAGUUCGAGUUCUUGAUUUGGAGGGCUAGCAGCUUGAAAGUCCUCUCUUCCUCCCUCUCUCCCUCCCUCUCUCUCUCUGUAGGGAAUUUCAGUACAGUUAGGUUGGACUCCUCUAUACGAGGAUAAUUACUUUUUUUCCAGCUGCUGAAUAUCUUUGGACAACAAACAUCAGAAUUGGCUCUUGGCCAAGGUUUGUGGGGCAACCAUCUAGGCUCUCUCUCAUCGAUUUGUUUUUUUGGUUGUUUUUUGGUUUUGUCAAGAUGAGUUGCAAAUUCUUACUGUUUUGCUGUUCGAUUACGACUACUUUUCUACUGUUCAUCUUUGUGGAUUGUGAGAGAACUUUGAUAUUGUUGCCUUUGGGAAACUUGAUUCAUCACUGUCAGAAUUGUUUGGAAAUAUGCAAUUGGUCUUGAUCCGUUUCA